UUGAGAUCCACAUCCGAGUGGUCCUGAAUCGGACCGUCACCCUGCCGUGUCGGGCUCCCGUCAUUUCUAGCCCCGUCCGGUUCUUGGAGUGGACCAGAGUGGACCUGGAAGCAGCUUAUGUGUUCCUGUACCCAAGYGAGCGGGUCCAACCAGACCUCCAACAUCCGUCUUACAAGAACCGSGUGGACCUGCUGGACGGGCACAUGAAGGACGGAGACGUGUCCUUGGUUCUGAAGAACGUGACYAGGUCUGACAGCGGAACAUACGAGUGUCGGGUCAUCCAGAAAGAACCCGGUUUUGGUUCUGAGCCCGUCAUCAUCGUCAAGCUGAAGGUUGUCCCUGCAGAUCAAAUCCGUYAGGACAAAGAGGACAAGAAGGAAAACCGAAGAGGAGUCAAAGACUUCAGAUUUGAAGUUGGACACACUGGAAAAUAUGUUGGAGCGGUUCUGCUCACGGCUCUGAUGGUUCUGCUGCUGGUUCUCAUUAGAAGCACAUUCAGGUCUGUUCUGGAGCAGAACCGCAAACCUGUGUCUGACUGAUCUGUUCUGAGGAAGACCUUCAACAGAACCCAUGUCUUUGACACGGGUCACAUUAUUCUGUCUGCAGAACCAGAACCACUGCUCUGUCUAAGUUCUGUUGGGUCUCAGCUCAGGUUUCAUCCUCAGAGCCAAAAUUCAGACUGUUGUGCAACCAGUGGUUCCUACAUCCUUCCUGCAGAACCGAACCUCAGGAGAGACUCURUGUUUGAUGUCAUAAAACUUUAUUUUUAUUACAAACUCAGGAUAAAACCUGCUCUCUUUGGUUUUGUCUUUCAAUCCUUGUUUUUAUUGAUAGUUUUUAAAUGUGUUUAUGAAUGAAUCUCUCUGAAUGUCAGUUUUUAUUCUUGUGAUGGAGCCGCAAUAAAGAGGAAGUUUACUUUAACUCUGAUGUUCUUUACUUUUCCUAGAAUUCAUCUUAUAUCUGCAGAGUAAACAAAGGUCUCUUCAGUAACUUCCUGGUUCGGUUUCAGCUGCGUUUAGCUUCGCCUCUGUAGGGGUCACCUCGAGUGAAAUUAUCUUGGACUCUCAGUCCUCUGAUGGGCCUUCGAAGGGACAAACACUCUGUUCCACUUAGAACUGGAUUUAGGCCACCUCAGGUCGCCUUAACRUUUCAGAGAGACAUUCUCUUCACUCUAAAUCAGAUAAUAAACAGAAGAAUCUUCA